AUGAAAUUUUUUGGUUUAGAGGAAGAAACUAAAUUCAAAGAAAUAAUUACUUCAAAAAAUAAGGCGGUGGAUGUUAUAGGGUCCAAACUAGGUGGUCAGGUAGUUUCUUUCUCAGAUGAAUGGUUUGCUUCUGCUGAAAACCUGCUCAAGCCAACCGUCCCCAUAAGGGAUCCUACUAGAUUUGUACACUCCGGUGCUUGGUACGACGGCUGGGAGACACGAAGACACAACGAAGCGGAAUACGAUUGGGUUAUUAUUAAGAUGGGAGUUGCUGCUGCCCAAAUUAUAGGUGGUGAAGUUGACACUGCAUUUUUCAACGGAAACCAUGCACCAUUCGUAUCCAUAGAAGCGCUUUAUGACGAAGGCGAAGAAGGUAAUAUAGUGGAGAACGAUCCACGUUGGGUUGAAAUUAUUGAGAAAUUUGAGUGUGGUCCCUCACAAAGACACUUUUUUAUCAGAAGUAGCGGCCUUACUGAACAAAAGUUUACCCAUGUUAAAUUGAAAAUGUACCCCGAUGGUGGAAUUGCCAGAUUUAGGUUGUACGGAAAAGUCGCCCCUCCAGAAUACAAAACAGAGGGUCACAUAAUUGACCUAGCUUAUGUUUGCAAUGGUGCUGUAGCUUUAGACUAUUCGGAUCAGCACUUUGGUUCAGCCGAUAACUUGUUAUUGCCAGGCCGAGGCCAUGAUAUGUCUGAUGGCUGGGAAACAAAAAGAUCAAGACAACCAGGCCAUACCGAUUGGGCAAUAAUUCAAUUGGGCAGAGAAUCUUCAUUCAUUGAAAAAAUUAUCGUUGAUACAGCACACUACAGGGGAAACUUCCCGCAGUUUAUCAGUGUGCAAGGUUGCUUGAAUGAACCAGAAUCGAGUGGUGACAUUAACCAAAGAACAUGGAUAAACUUAGUCGACAAGUCAAAGACUGGGCCCGAUAAAGAACAUGUAUACGAAAUAAAAAAAAAUCUAAGAAUAUCCCAUGUUAAACUAACAAUUAUUCCGGAUGGCGGAGUCAAAAGAAUAAGAGUUUGGGGAUACUAA